GUUGUGGGCUUGCGCACCACGUGAUGAUUCAAAAGCCCAUGGCGUUUCCGGCUUGAGGGACGCGCUUUCUUCACGUUUUCUUUUCCUUCAUCAGGAGGCUUUCACGGUCCCUAGAAUUAAGAACGUUCAGCAAUCGUUUCCAGCUUUUUGUGCCACUGAAAGCUUCAAAAUUACCUUUAUUUUCCGUGUUAGCGCCGUCAGGCCCGCGGGAACGCCGGAGCGCAGGGCCGCCUCGGCGCGGUGCAUUGUGGGCACUGUAGUUUUCUUCGCGUUUUGCCAGGUGCCUUAAGCAUGAGCGCCACGGUGAGUUGUUCAAUGAAAGCGGCUUCGUUCAUCCGCUCUCGGCCCACAGUGAAGUCUGUGUUCUUCCUGGACCUGGCCUCCUUCCCGACUUACUCCGCGGACGUCUUGCCUCCCAGAACUCUCUUGAUCCGUCCCAGGAGAGAACUGUAAUGCAGGUCCAGGGCUCCUAGACUGGCUUCGGCUGCUGCCGGGGCCGCGGUUGGGGGAUCCUGGUCACCGUUUGACUUCACUCCUCAAUUUUCUUUCCCUUAGGAUCCUGCCCCCUUUCAGCACAGUAGUGGGCCGCGUGAGUGAAACUGGGCGUUCUUUCUUGUUUGAGAUUCGAAAAUUCUAACCGGGCACCGCAGGAUUUCUGUUCUGUCCCGGUAUAGGGAGGGAUUGCCACCAAGGUUGGGUAGUUGUUUCAUGGAGUGAACCCACGUGCCAUCAUCGCUGUCAAGUAGCCCUCCCAAACACUACCUUGAUUUGCUUGUAAGGAAGGAACAAACAAAAUAGCACCUUUUAAAAGGUUGUGCUUCGACUGUCUUCAGCCUCCUUGUUCCUUGGUUUUGCUGUAGUCUUGGUUGUGACUUUUUUUGAUUGUUGUUUAGUUUGUGUGUGUUUUUAAAUCGCUCUGUUUGGCUCUGAUCUCACCACAAAAUGAUUUUAUAUUUGUCUAGUUUUCGGAACUUUCCUAAGUUGUGGAAGGGCAGCCUUUCCCUUGCUUUAGGCCCGGGACACUCUUCCCGCUGUCUCUUUCUCACAAUUUACUCUGGCAUCAGGAAUCAACAGAGAUGGUUUUCUGUUAAAACCCAGUCUCCUCAAAACACCAAAGGAAUGAAUCUGCUGAUUGCCAAGUCUAGAUACCCCAGGAAAGAAAAUGCCAACAGCAAGGAAGUUGCUUCUGAGUUGCCUCAUCUCUUUGCUGCUGGCGCAGCUAAGAAGAGAUCACAGGUAAACAGUCCUCAGACUCAAGCUCAUGCCUUGCCACCGGUGAAGAACACUAUCCAACUCCCAACAAAACCUUUAAACUCAGAAGAGUGGGAUAAACUUAAGGAAGAUUUCAAAGGCAAGGCCAAUUUUGAAGAUUGGAUCAUUUCACAAAUGGCUCAUUGCCAUAGCUCUGUAAAUGUGGCUAAGUCAUUGCUGGCAUGGGUAGCAGCAAAAAACAAUGGCAUUGUGGGAUAUAAUUUACUAGUCAAGUAUUUACAUCUCUGUGUCCUUCACAAGCAGACCUCAGAAGUUAUUGAUGUCUAUGAAAUCAUGAAAGCCAGAUACAAGACUUUAGAAUCUGGGGGUUACAGUCUUCUCAUCCGGGGAUUAAUCCAUUCGGAUAGAUGGCGAGAAGCCUUGUUGCUGUUAGAAGACCUUAAAAAAGUCAUGAUCCCUUCAAAAAGAAACUAUGAUGACUGUAUACAGGGAGCCCUCCAUCAUCAAGAUGUGAACAUAGCUUGGAAUUUGUAUCAGGAAUUGCUAAGUAACAAUCUGGUUCCUAUGUUGGAAACUUUAAAAGCCUUCUUUGAUUUUGGAAAAGACAUAAAGGAUGAUCAUUAUUCAAACAAACUCCGAGAUAUUCUUUUUUAUCUAAGAAAUAACCAGCUGUACCCUGGAGAAUCCUUUGCACACAGUAUAAAAACAUGGUUUGAAAGUAUUCCUGGAAAACAGUGGAAGGGACAAUUCGCCACCAUUCAGAAAAGUGGUCAAUGUUCAGGCUGUGGAAGAACCAUCGAGUCUAUUCACCUGAGUCCAGAAGAGUAUGACUCUCUCAAGAGAAGAAUCAUGAGUGACGUGAUAGAUGGAGGCGACCAGUAUAAAAAGACAACACCUCAGGAACUGAAGAAAUUUGAGAACUUUGUAAAAUCCUGUCCUCCUUUUGAUAUUGUUAUUGAUGGCCUCAAUGUUGGAAAAAUGUUUCCUAAAAUUCGUGAAUCUCAAUUUCUUUUGGACGUAGUUUCUCAACUAGCCAAGAAGAAUCUGCAGCUGCUGGUCCUGGGCCGGAAGCAUAUGCUAACCCAGGGUUCCCGGUGGAGAAAGGACGAGAUGAAAAAGGUGCAACAGCUGGCCCACUGCUUUUUUGCUGAGGACAUCUCAGAGGACGACCCAUUCCUUCUGUAUGCCACCCUCAACUCAGGGAAUCAUUGCAAGUUUAUCACAAAAGACCUGAUGCGGGACCACAAGGCCUGUCUGUCAGAUGCUAAGACCCAGCACCUAUUCUUUAAGUGGCAACAGGGACAUCAGCUGGUGAUUACAAAUAGGUUUCCAGGAUCAAAAAUAAGCUUUCAGCACAGUCUCAGCUAUGACACGGUGGUGCAGACAACUGGAGACUCGUGGCACAUACCUUACGAUGAAGACCUGGUGGAAAGAUACUCCUAUGAAGUGCCGACCAAAUGGCUGUGCCUCCAGCAAAAGACCUAGACUCCAACCCCGUGCAAAAUUUGAGCUUCAGAGUCCUCCUGGCUGGUAUCAGAGCUCUUAUAUUCAUGCUCAUUUGAAGCAUUGCCUCUGUCCUGAAAAAUAAAAAGGUUUUCAUUACUGCUAUUUAGUCUAGUUGGUUUGUAUAAAAUAGGUUGUUUUAUGAGAGAGUGUCCUAUUAUGCAGCUCUACCUGGGUUUGAAUUUACUGUGUAGUUGACUUUGAACUCAAGAUCCCCCUGCCUUAUCCUCCUGAAUGCUCUUAUUACAGACGUAUCACCAAACUGAA